CUCGCUAAGGCGACUCAAACUGAACUUUGUAACUUCAGAGAGAGCUCUUUUCAUCAUGGAUUUAGCUCUGCGAUCAAACUGCGAGGUAGUUGAAUUCAACAUUACCUUCCAUAAAGGUGGCUCGAAGGUUUUUUUGGCGGCCACUAAUUAUGUCAAUAUAGCUACAACUACAACGCCUGAGGCUAUACACCUUCUACUUCCGAGCCUCAAAACAUUGCGCCUCGAUGGAUCCGUUCAGCCUCAAAUAUCAUUGAAUAAUUUUGAUCUCAGCAGUGUGGAG